AUGGGGCGAGUUGGUACAAAUUCUGGAAGAUUAAUUAGUCCGUCCAAUCCGCAUCUAUUUACUCGAUCCACCCAUCCAUUCGUCCAACCAGCUACCUCUUCAAAACCGCCUUUACUAUUUAAAACAAUUUUAACUCAGUUCAUUCUCACCUUAUUCUUAAUACCCGCUAGCCAGCGUGUAGAUAACAAAUGGCCUCAAUGUCCACAAACAAUGCAGAUCUCACAGCUCUUAUCCACACAACUCACAUUCCAAAAGUCACGUGAAUUACUUCUUCCACUGCCUGUCAUACCGGAGAUACAAGAAGUCGCAGGGCAAGAAAGGCUCCUGUUCUCAGCAUUGCCAACACGAAGAGCAAAGUCGCCCAUUGAGGAAGUGGUUCUUAACGAUGCUGAUGAGAGACCCAUUAAAUGGUGCCUAGCAAUACGACAUUGGUCAUGUGGACCAGCACUUGACACGAAUAAUGCCUCUGCGAUAAUGAAAACACAUGUCUCACACACUUGCUCAUUUUAG